CUCACUCGACUGCCGUCGCGACGCCAUACCACUCAGUGCUCUCCGUGGCGUCCCACAAGACGAACCAGCCGACGACGACCUGCGGGAAGAGAUGAAGACUGGCCGGCCCAAGCUGUUGCUGCUGGCGCUGGCGGCCGUUUGCGUGGUGGCGUUGGCCGUCGCCGAGGCCGCCGUGCCGCCGUACUUCGACGACGAAGGCUAUCCAGCUUCAGAAGAUGAUUAUUCCGAAAACUCUAUUGACAGAUUUCUGCAACCAGCGCAAAAACGCGCAUGUGUCAGGAGAGGGGGUAAUUGCGACCACAGGCCCAACGACUGUUGCUAUAACAGCUCGUGCAGGUGCAACUUAUGGGGGGCCAACUGUAGAUGUCAACGGAUGGGCCUCUUCCAAAAAUGGGGUUAACACCAAGCCCCUAAGCCAAACGAAAUAAUAGCCUAAUAGAGCUUCCUUAAAUGCUUUAAAAUAUGUUUGUUUUCCGAUCAUUUAACGCUUGCUUAACAGUACAAAACAGUUAUACAAUGGAUAGUGUUAGAUUUCUUUGCUAUUAGGCUGUUAGAGACAUGAUUUCAAAAUCGGGACAAAAGCUUUGAGCGCUCGCUCAGUGACGGUUCUUUAUUUUUAUCGAGAUUAUUUCCGAAGACUGACUUUUUGGACUUUUUCGAAAAUGUCACUGUGCGAGUGGACUCGAAGCUUUUGUCCCAGACCCACUGCACUGAACAAUGGCUGACGAUUUACUAUUUAACUAUAUCAGUAUUUAGCAUACAUAUUUUAUUUAUAUAUAACUAUAUCGUUGUGUCAAAAACUAUUAAACAAAGAUAAAUAUCUUGAAUAAGGUGUUUUUUGGUUUCGAUUAAUAAUUGUCCUUUGGUAAAUAAAUAUCGAAGCAAAGCUGUUUAUGAAACUUUUCUGUAUCUUAAUAUCGAAACUAGAAAAAAUCGAAUUGUCUACUAUUUUUUCUAGUUUCCAAACUAGCUAGCUGCCUCUCUACUAAAAGUUUAUCCAGCCACACCUUUAGUAGAUUUGGCAUGACUAUCUAAAACAAUAUAUAGAAAUAAAGCAGGACCUUCCAAAAUAUUUUAGCUUCUACAGGCUAUAUUUCUAUAUAUGCAUCGAGACAAAUAUUUAAAGAAAAGAAUAACAAAACAUAUAACCAGAAAUGUAAUUUAUCUAAAUAAAUGUAUAAUAGACUUUAGGAGAAUUCUAUUGUGGUUAAUUGAGGUGAUAAAAAAGCCUAAUGGUUAAUCAGUAGAGAACAAAAAUAUAUAAAUUUAUCCUUAAAUAAAGCAACUGUAAUUCUAACGUACAUAUAUAUUGAGACUUAAAAUUAUUUAUAUAUGUGAAAAGGGUACAACGUUCAGGAUUCUGUCAAUACAAAUAUAUCAAUUGGCCUAAAAAUUUACUGUG